CACCUGCACUGACUAGUUACCUAGUUCCGUAAAAAACAAUGACCCACCGAGUCCCUCAUUGUCGUGAAGCUUCAAUCCUCUAUCUCUGGUUGACUCCAUGCAAAUGACCAUCACAGACUCAACCCCGAUAAAAGUUCCAACAUAGUUGUUUGGGCUGGUGACUUUCUCUUCGACCCCAAUAUCCAAAUGCAUCCUAAGUGGGGAUUCUUCGUCUACUACGCACCUUUCUCAAACGAAUGCCCCGCUUUCUCAGACGAGAUCAUCGAUCUACUGAAGACAUACAUCCACUGCGAAGUCAACGACACCGACGAGGCCGAUCGCGGCUUGCCCCAGCAAGUCCGUGAGAGCCUGGGACUGGUCGUGUACGAAUUCUUGCGACCGAGGGUCGCACCCCCCUCGAUCGACGAGAUCCGGCGGCAUUGUCAAAAUCGCAUCCUCCUCUCGCGGAGUCGCCCCCCGCUCGUCCCGGGCGUCCUGAUCGAGGUCUGUCUGCUCAUCGACGACGAGGUGGUGCAGCAGCUAUCGCGGUCGCCGAACCCCGCCCCAUCGCAAGCCGCCAGGCGGGCAACGGGGUGGGACGAAGAACAGGUGUUCGUCAGAGCCAUCGACCUACUCUACGACCCGCGUGAUGGGGCACCAGAGUCCCCCUAAUACCACGGAUGGUUCAAGGUCGGCGUCGAUCAUAUCCAGGCCUUUUACCACCAAAUGUGUUGGGACACGGACGACUAUCCGUCCAAUAUGAAGCGCAUAUGUCCCAUCCAGGAUGGUCCGGGGUGCAACCGCACCUAUUGUGGUGAUGACCACCCCCAUCAU